GAAUAAUUUUUUUUUGAGGCCGGUGUAACCGACAUACGUGUCGGCAGAAUAUAUAUUUCGGACUUCAUAAAAGAUAAGUGCAUAAACAGUGAAGUAAAGUAGGAAUAAUAAAAUUAUGCAAGUAAAUCGACAAUCCAAAAUAUUUAGCCGAAAAACGGCUGGUUACAGCAGUCUUAUAACGUUUUCUGUUCUUCUGAUUGCAUGGAUUGCUGGUUUUUCUUCACGUUUAUUUGCAGUAAUACGAUUUGAAUCUAUAAUACAUGAAUUCGAUCCAUGGUUUAACUAUCGUGCCACAGCUUAUAUGGUACAACAUGGGUUUUAUAAGUUUCUAAAUUGGUUCGAUGAACGUGCAUGGUAUCCUUUGGGCCGUAUAGUUGGAGGAACGGUAUAUCCCGGACUGAUGAUUACAUCUGGAAGUAUUCAUUAUGUUCUUCAUGCUCUUAACAUUCCAGUACACAUUCGUGAUAUAUGUGUUUUUCUUGCACCUAUAUUUAGUGGUUUAACAUCUAUAUCUACAUAUUUACUUACAAAGGAAUUAUGGUCUCCUGGAGCUGGUUUAUUUGCUGCAAGUUUCAUUGCAAUAGUGCCUGGAUAUAUAAGUCGUUCAGUAGCUGGAUCAUACGAUAAUGAAGGAAUUGCAAUAUUUGCUCUACAAUUCACAUAUUUUCUAUGGGUGCGGUCUGUAAAAACUGGAUCUGUUUUUUGGUCUGCAGCUACGGCAAUAUCAUAUUUUUAUAUGGUUUCGGCAUGGGGUGGUUAUGUGUUUAUUAUUAAUUUAAUUCCACUGCAUGUAUUUGUCCUUCUUAUUAUGGGACGUUAUUCUCCUCGACUUUUAACGUGUUACUGCACUUUUUACAUUUUGGGUCUUCUGCUAUCCAUGCAAAUACCAUUCGUUGGAUUUCAACCGAUACGUACAAGUGAACAUAUGGCUGCAUUAGGAGUAUUUGUUUUACUUUUAGCAGUUGCAUUCUUACGACACCUACAAUCAGUUCUAUCUAAAAACGAAUUCAAGAAGCUAUUUAUAUUUGGUGGCUUAAUAUCUGCUGGGCUAGUAUUUUUAGUUGUAAUAAUGUUGACUAUGCUAGGUGUAGUAGCUCCGUGGAGUGGCAGAUUUUAUUCUCUCUGGGAUACAGGCUAUGCAAAAAUUCAUAUUCCAAUUAUAGCAUCAGUAUCAGAACAUCAGCCAACAACAUGGUUUUCAUUCUUUUUCGAUUUACAUAUUUUGGUGUGUACAUUUCCUGUUGGUGUAUGGUAUUGUAUAAAACGACUAAAUGAUGAGCGCGUCUUUGUUGUUCUUUACGCUGUGAGUGCUGUUUAUUUUGCUGGUGUGAUGGUCAGGUUAAUGCUUACGUUAACACCUGUUGUCUGCAUGCUUGCGGGAGUGGCGUUUUCUGGUUUAUUAGAGGUAUUUUUGCGAGAAGAAGUAUCUGUUAAAACUUGUACAACUAGUUCAACAAAUGGUGAAGAAAAUGAUGACAAUCUUGGUGAGAAAAAAAGUCUAUAUGAUAAGGCAGGAAAAAUGAGACACCGUACAAAACAUGAAACUUCAAGUGAUAAUUCGAAUGGUAUUGGAUCCAACUUGAAGAGUAUUGUAAUUUUAGCAAUUUUAAUGAUUUUAAUGAUGUUUGCUGUCCAUUGUACUUGGGUAACUAGUAACGCUUAUUCAAGUCCCUCUAUUGUUCUUGCAUUCCAUAACAGUCAAGAUGGAUCACGAAAUAUUUUGGAUGAUUUCCGUGAGGCCUACUAUUGGUUGUCACAGAACACUGCCGAUGAUUCUCGAAUAAUGUCAUGGUGGGAUUAUGGUUACCAAAUAGCUGGAAUGGCCAAUAGAACAACUCUAGUAGACAAUAAUACUUGGAAUAAUAGCCACAUAGCAUUAGUAGGGAAAGCUAUGUCUUCAACGGAAGAGAAAUCUUACGAAAUUAUGACUUCUUUAGAUGUAGACUAUGUUCUAGUUAUAUUUGGUGGUGUUAUUGGCUAUUCAGGUGACGAUAUCAACAAAUUUUUGUGGAUGGUGCGUAUUGCCGAAGGUGAACAUCCAAAAGAUGUCAAGGAAAGCGAUUAUUUUACUGACCGAGGAGAAUUUAGAGUUGAUUCAGAAGGAUCCCCAGCUUUAUUAAAUUGUUUAAUGUAUAAAUUAAGUUAUUAUCGUUUUGGUGAUCUUAAACUUGAUUACCGAGGACCUGGCGGUUAUGAUCGAACUCGAAAUGCUGUUAUAGGAAAUAAAGACUUUGAUCUUACAUAUCUGGAAGAAGCGUACACUACUGAACAUUGGUUAGUUCGUAUUUACCGUGUCAAGAAACCACACGAAUUUAAUCGUCCUUCAUUAAAACUGGAUAAACGAGUUUCUACUCCAACAAAUUAUGUUUCUCGAAAGAAUGUAAAGCGACGCAAGGGUUACAUAAAAAAUAGACCAGCAGUAAUAAAAGGAAAGCGUACGCGAGUUUAAAAAACGAACAAUUUUACGGUUGCAAUAUCUGACUGACAUAUGUUCAAAAAUUUUUAUAUCAGCAAUCAUUAAAAGUUAUUAAGUAUAAUAAUAGCAUGGUCAUAGUUCUUGGCUUUAUCAGUUAAUAUAUAUAGUUGACAUUAAAAACUUCAAUAAUAGGCUAUCUUGGUAAUUAAUUGCUGGAUUAUUUAUCAAGCAACUGUAUGCAACUAAUUCCUUAUGUUUGCAAGUGUAUAAUACCUGAAAACACUUUUAGUUUAAUAUAAAGACAAUAUAGUGUACUAAGAAUAGUUUUAUUGUACGAAAUAAAAGUUAUUGUAACCUGUCAUGACUUAAGAGUUCAGGCAAAAGUA